CCUCGGGCACCAGGAGGCAGCCGAUACCCGACGGAGUGUCCCGGCCCCUCCGUAGGGGUUCUUGCUCCCCUCCCCCGGGCUGCGGCAGCCGAGGGGCGCCUCCCGCUAUGGCCCGGCUCGGGCUCGUGGCGCCUGUCCCCGGAGGGCAGGGAGUCGGCCGCCAGGGGGAGCCGCGCCGCGGGCACGGGCCGGCGCGUUGCCAGCUGUCAUUUCAAACCAGCCCCGGGGUUUGAAUGUCAACGGGCGCGGGAGCCGGGCCCGCCUCUUCCUUCCCCGCCACUCGCCCGCCCGGCAUGAGGAGACGGGGGUCGCUGCGCGCGGGGACUCCCGUGAGGCGCUCCACGCGCCUGGCGCAGAGUAGCGCGGAGGAGACGGUCCUGAGCGAGGUGCCUAGUGCUGAGGGAGGGAGCUUUCCCCUCGUUCUGCAGCCCCGGGCCAGCAUCAAGGCCCACAAACUGCAUCUUACUCCGGCCCGGGAUCCAUCGCCCACUCCAGCCAGUGAUCCUACCCCCGUGCCAGCCAUGGAGCCCUCGGCUGGGUCAGCCCUGGAGCCCUUGCCAAUAUUAACCAGGGAGCCUCCACUGCCCCAGCUCAAGGAUGAACCCACCAGGACUGCGAUGAAGAGAGGCCUUUCCCGGAAGCCAGCAGCAAGGCUGGAGGCUUCCAGGAGCAAUAGAUGGGUGGCACUGGACCAAGAUGCCCACUUGUCACCCUAUGUGAGGCUGAAGAGGCUGCAGAUCUCAGAGGAGGAUGAAGAAAAGGAGGAGCUUUUCCCCACCCGAAGUGAGAGCUCAGGGGAGAAAGAGAAGCUGAACCUGGACUGGCAAGAGUUCAGAGAUGAGAGAGCCCAACUGCAGGUGCUGGAGACUGCACUGCUUGGCUCAGAGACAGCCACUGUCACGGAGAUCAUGGCCCCCAGGCUGCAGGGCAAAGCGGCCAGCAACACCCCCAGGCUGCAGGGCACAGCUGUCUGGCUGCAAGGUGGGGCAGCCAGCAGUCUCCCUAGGCUACAGGGUGGGGCCCGCAGGUUGCAGGACAGGGCGCAGAUCAGCACCCCCAGGUGGCAGAGUGCAGCUCCCAGACUGCGGAGUGUGGCAUCUGGGACUCCAGUUCUGACAGAGACAGAUACUCCCAGGGUGCGGCACGUUGCCCAUGGAACACCGAGCUUGGCGAUGUGGACAGAAACUGCAGCACUCAGGUCACCAGCUCCCAGACCCAAGAACCCAGGGAAGCCGAGCAAGGUAAAGGAGAGAUCCACACCUCUGCACUGGAGUGUCCAGCAUUUCCUUUUCUCCUCCACCUGCUGCAUCCUUCUUCCCUUCCUGCUCAUCUUGGGCUUCUCUGGUUGGUUCCUGUGGGAGCACAGCAGCCCUGUCUCUGUCCUGGGGUUGAUGGAGCAGUGGCAGCUGGGCUGGAGCCAUGUUGCCAGCUUGUGGAGAGAGCCAGAGGAGGAGUGCAGCCCACAGUGCAGUUUGGUGCUGGUGGAAAGCAUCCCUGUGGGCCUGGAUUACAAACACUUCAACUCCCGCCACCUCCCCAUUUUCCAGGCCUGGAUGGACCUGUUGGAUGCUGCCAACCGCUCUGUGGACAUCGCAGCUUUCUACUUCACUCUCCGGGACUCAGACAUGCAGGAGGAAGAACCCUCAUCCUGGCAGGGCAGGCAGGUGUUGGAGAAGCUGCGGGACCUGCCUUCUCGGGGGGUGAAGCUCAACAUUGCUGUGAAUAGCCCCCAGAAGUCUGACCGGGACACCGAGGAGCUGGCCAGCAAAGGUGCAGAUGUAAAGUAUGUGGAGUUGGAGCGCCUGACUGGAGGAAUUGUGCACACCAAGUUCUGGGUGGUGGAUGGCAAGCACGUUUACAUUGGCAGCGCCAACAUGGACUGGCGCUCGCUGACACAGGUAAAGGAGCUGGGUGCUGUGCUCUACAACUGCAGCUGUGUGGCUGGUGACUUGCACCGGAUCUUCGCCAUGUACCGUGCAUUGGGAGGGCAGGGGGCCUCACUCCCGACGGUGUGGCCGGCUUAUGUCUCCGCGAAGUCCAGCCUCAGCCGCCCCCUGAAGCUGCAGCUCAAUGGCAGCAGUGCAGAACUGUACCUCUCCAGCUCCCCUCCCGCCCUCUGCUCCACUGGCCGUACCCCAGACCUCACAGCCAUUGUCAGCACCAUCCAGGAUGCCCAGGCCUUUGUCUACAUCUCGGUGAUGGACUAUGUGCCCCAGUGCACCUUCUGCCAGCCUAAGAGGUUCUGGCCGGUCAUUGAUGAUGCACUGCGUGCUGCGGCCUGCAACAGGCACGUGAAGGUGAGGUUGCUCAUUAGCUGCUGGCAGCACUCGGACCAGUCCAUGUUCCUGUUCCUGGAGUCGCUCAGUGUCCUCAGCCGGGAGCCUCUGGGCUGCCCGAUCGAAGUGAAACUCUUUGUUGUCUCCACGUCGGUUGAGGAGAAACAGAUUCCCUUCUCCCGUGUCAACCACAACAAGUACAUGGUGACCGACCGCCUAGCCUACAUUGGCACCUCAAACUGGUCUGAGGAUUACUUCACCAACACUGCAGGGGUGGGGCUGAUCGUCAACCAGAGUGACGCUGCUCCUGGGGUUACGCAGCUCACCCUGCGGGAGCAGCUAGAAGCUGUGUUCCAUCGAGACUGGAGCUCUCCCUACUCACAGCCACUCAGCCCCAAGCCCAGCUGUGCCACCAAAAACUGAGAGCAGUUCCCCGCCCGAAUGCUGGGCCAGGCCCAGGACCUCUCCUCAGCUGGAUGUACAUAUGCAGCGUCCCUUGGAAAUCCAGCGCUAUGGCAGCUUGCACCAGACUGCUUCUGCUCCCCCCUGCUCCGGGAGGGAUCCCACUAGCCGAAGAAGUACCAGUGCAGGCAGCAGCAAUGAAACACCUGAGGGGGCCCUGGAUGCCAGCAUGUGACUUGUCAGCACUAGUGCCGUGGUGCUUGCCUCCUGGCUACACUCUGAAGCUGGAGGUGUGGGGCCCUGGCACGUGGACAUUAGCUAAAUUUCAGGCAUAGGCACCAACUUGGUGGGUGCUCUCGGGCUCAAGCACCGACAGAAAAAAAAAUAGGGGGUGCUCAGCACCCACCAGCCACAGCUAUUGGCUGGGGCCCGUGGCUGGCAACCGAACAGCUCUUCGGCAACUAACGGGAGGCACUCCGGGGAGGGUAAAGAGGACAAGCAGCAGGCAAGGGGUCUCGUGGGGGAGGGGUGGAUAGGGGGAGAAGCAAGCAGCGAGAAAAACAACUCAGUGCCUAUGGUCUCAGGGUCUAAAACCCUCUCCCAGAAGGGAUGGGCACCUUCACAGGGAGAGGAGCUAGCCUUAAAUUUUAUUUGGGAACUGAAAUUCUCCAGUUUCAUGACGGGUAUUUUUUUUAGGUGGGUCCCACUUACAGGUGCUGGAUUGGAACUUGCUUCCUGCACUCCGGGCUGGGGGAGGAAAAUAGGUCUUGGGGAAGUGGCAGGAAGAAUUAGGAACAAAAGUAGUUCAUAGGCUGCAAGCCAGUGCAAAGUGGCACUGCCCCAGGGCUGAAUGGAGGGGCUGGUUGCAGCAGUGACCCAUGGCUAGAUGUGGCUUGCUGUAUUGCAGGGGCCUGGGCCCUUGUCCUGUGGCCCUGCCAGCUGUGAUGCCAUUUUAGCGGUUGAACCGAUGCAGAUUUAGAGAAUACAGUUUGGUGUGGGGAGAGUGAUACAGCCAGCACCGAGAGCUGGGUGCUACAGCUGUGGCCAUAGGGGCUAGAGGAACAAAGACCCACAGCCACCUAAAGGCACUUAAAUGCAAAAUGUUUGGGUUUAAUCUGUCCCUUGACCACAGGGUCUUGGUCUCAAAGUGCCAAGGGCUGUAGAUCUCCAAAGGUCUCCCAUCUCUUUGUGAGCUGAUAGAGUCUCCUCUGGGGCAGGGUGAUUAUGGCUCAGAGACAGUCUCCCAUGGGGUGGGGUAGGGCUCAGAAAGGGUCUCCUCCUCUUUCCAGGACUGCUGAUCCAUUUAUUGUAUUGCUUACCAUAGAGGAUAUUGCACUAGUUUAGAGAAGUGGCUUAGGGGGCUGAGCGUGUGUGUUUAAUGUGGGGCAGGGUCCAUACGUGUAUGUGUGGAUCUGAGCACUUGGUGCUCUCAGACCAAGAUGUGAGGUGUGUGCAGAGAAUGGGAAGUGGUGGUGGGGUUCUGUAUAGAGUGGGGUGUGCUGGGGGAGGGGUGGGCAAUGGAAAGCUGUGCCAUACUGUGAGGCGCAGCCCCCUGAACUCGACUCCCAGGAGCCACGAUCAGGGAUUUGUUGCAGGGGUAUCAUGGCCCCCUCGGUGGGUGAAUUUCAGGGAGUUUUGAAGGGGGUGGCUCCCUGUGAGUGGGGAUUCAGGUGGGUGAGGUCUUGUGGAUCAAUCGUGGUUGGAGAUAGAUUUUGGGGAUGGGGGGGUCUCAGACUGGGAUUUGGGGGAGGAAUUACAGAGCUCCCAGGAGCUGGGGGGGGGGGGCUGUUGACUCAGGCACGUGGGAGGGGUAUGUCGCUUUCCAGAGUUUAUUUUUGUACCUGACUGCCCAAUAAAACGGGAUUUGGUAUAACUCA